UUCCUCUCUCCAAGACCUCAAUUUUUUGCACAACUCCGUCCUUGAAAUAAGAGCCCUUCAAGCAACCUGGAAAACGUUUGGUCAGCAAAAAAAAAAAAAAAAAUCCUCCUGUUUUUCCAAAGGAUCUGUCUCAGGAAUUUAAAGCACAUUUAAGACACACACACUCACAUAACAUAAGGAGGGGGGGAAAGGCUCUUCCCCUCCCCUUCUUGCAGAAAGCAUGGAAGAAAGCUCCAGUUCUCCUGUUUCCCCUGUGGAUAGCUUGGGGACCAGUGAAGAGGAGCUGGAAAGGCAGCCAAAGAGAUUUGGCAGGAAGAGAAGAUACAGUAAGAAGUCCAGCGAAGAUGGCAGCCCCAACCCAGGGAAGAGGGGAAAAAAGUCCAGUCCCAGCUCCCAGUCUUAUGAAGAACUGCAGAGCCAGAGGAUCCUGGCCAAUGUCAGAGAGAGGCAGAGGACUCAGUCGCUCAACGAAGCUUUUGCCGCCCUGAGGAAAAUCAUCCCCACGUUGCCCUCUGACAAACUCAGUAAAAUCCAGACCCUCAAGCUCGCGGCGCGGUAUAUAGACUUCCUCUACCAGGUGCUACAGAGCGACGAGAUGGACAGUAAGAUGACGAGCUGCAGUUACGUGGCUCACGAGAGGCUGAGUUAUGCCUUCUCAGUCUGGAGGAUGGAGGGUGCAUGGUCCAUGUCGGCCUCACACUAGCCACCGCCGGAGCGAGGCCAGCACAGCCGCCAAAGGACUGUCCGGUGUCUGAGACUGAAGUGGAAUUGGGAUGUAUCCAAGUUUGUAGCUUCUGAAACCUUAACAACCUCAAGUAAACUGGUCCAAAAGACCCUUCUUGACCUCCCUCACUCUGAACUCUUGCAGAGCACUUAGACUGAGCAGGAGCCAGCACCAAAGCUAUGGGUCUGAACCUUCGCACCAUCUCUCCAAGUGACUGAUCACAGAGAAGCGAGAAGCAACAUUCCUGACUGUUCAUCUGUUCAUCGUUGUUGGGUUUUGUCUGUGUGUCCGUCUGGGUGUUUGGUUUUAGUUCUUUUUUUUUUUUUUUUUUUUCUUUCUCCUUU